UCUUGUCAGAAAGCUGUCUUCCUGUCCGCAGAGAUGCCCUUCUGUCCCCAUCUGCCCCCAAGCCCUGCAGUGGUCACGAGCCCCCAGUCACUCCCGGGAGGUGGCUGAGGUGCAGUGGCCUGGUCACCGGUGUCCUGGUCAUCGGACUCGGUCGCGUUUGGUGUCAUUAAGAGCCCUUCCUAGCUGUGGGCAAAGAGCUGGGGCCCACGCCCCUCACCCGCAGAGUCACCGGCUGCUCCCGCCCGGACUGGCGUGGUGGGGAGGCUGUGCAGGUGGCCUCUGAGGCUCGGGGCCGCAGUUCCCUCUUCUGAGAUCCCUGUCGGUAUCUGGCAUGCUCCUGGGCAGGCCACGGGGGCAGCGUGUCAGGCUGGUCAGCAGUCGCCAGGCCUCUCUGCCCACAGCCUGGGCAGCACCAAGGGCACGGCUGUCUGGGCACUGCCACGGCGCUGGUGAGCUCGAGUCGAAGUCCGAGUGCCCUUGGUCUCAUAGGAGCAGUGUAGUACACACACAAUCAACCGCACUUACUUUAUUCAGACUGGACAGGUGGCCAUAAGAUGGGAAGAGCGACCUUUCUGCUAUUGCUGGGGGGGGCUCUGCACCCCCACCCAGCAGUGACCCCUCUGCCUCUCUCUCCACUCUGCGCUCUCUGCCAGCCUCCCUGCUUGGAGCUCUGGCUCCCUCCCUGUGUCACCACGGACACCCUCUGUGCCCAGUGUGAUACAAACGAGCCCCCGCUGCCCGAGAAACCCACUGGCCAGCAGGCACCGGGACCCAGCAAAGAUAGGUGGUCACGGGGCUGGGGCUGUGUUCGUUCAUUCAGUUCCCAGUGCCUCCUGCGUUUUUGUUUGUUGUCCUGGAAACUCUCAGGUGUGAGCUAGAAAGAGAUUGGUUUCUGCAGCUUGGCUUCUUCAUUCCCUCAGAGUGCUUUGUGUUUCAAUGCCUGCACCCCAGGGUGCUUGAGGGAGCCCCCCAGGAGAUGCACCCCACUCCGAAAAAAAACCGCUGCCUUUUUUGGUGCUACAUUUUUCAUGUUGCCACAGUAUUUGUACCGCUUCCCAGCAGAACUGCAACGCACUUAAUGUCAAAGACCUGUCUCUUCCUUCGUAAUUUGUCUUCCUAUGUAAACACUCACCAGCCCACAGAAGCAGAAACUCCUCCCCCGCAGCCGUGCAAGGCCACAGCUUCGCACCCUUGGUAGUCACGCCACCCCUUCCACUGCCAGUUCUCUCCAGCGCCAGAGCCCGUGGUCUCGCCACAGCCCCGUCCAGCUCUGCAGGCCUCAGUGCUGUUCUGUCCUGGAACCAGCACCUGCCGUGCCCAGGAAGUUUCAGCACAGCCUCUGUGGUCGGCAGACCUCAGAUUCUCCUGAGUGAUGUGAAGUUUUAAGUCCUCUUUUGGGGAAAUGUGUUAAGAUGGAAAAGGCAUUUCUAACAUAAAGGCCCCUGGGCUUUGCCAUUGCUGUGUUGUUUGGAAACCCUGCACCUCGGAGCUCCCCGUCAGCCACACUGGGUAGCUUUCCUGCCAGCCUGCCUGUGCGUAUUGCAAUCCUACCCUGCACAGGGCCCACCCGAGGUCUUAUCCCCAACCUCUGCCCACUGUUCAGGCCACCCGAGCCACCCCUCUGUGACGGCCGUUGAGCCUUUGCUCUCUGCAUCCCAGCAUACUGUUUACUGCUGCUCUCUAAUUGUUUCAUCAGUCAUUUCCCCUCCAGCCAAAUUGUAAGCUGCAUGAGGGCAAGGAAUAUGUGUCAUGUGGCUUUGGGAUCUGCCUCAGAGUGCAGCACCAAGAAUGCCCAGUUCUACCAGCAUGUCAUGAGCCUGUAUGAGGACAGGAAACCGCAGAACACGAUCCAGGACAACAUGGAGAGCUACAGGAAGCUGCUCUCCCUGGGGAUGCAGCUUGCCGAAGACUACCGGCACUCCCACAUGACACAGGGCCACUCAUUGUGGGGCAACAGAGAUGCCUACCCCAGCACCAGCCAAGGUCUCCACAUUGUGCCGGAAGCCAUAAAGUCAGCCCAGCAGCAGGGAGUCUGCAAAGACGAAUCUUCCUGUGGAAUGAUCAUGGAAAACCUCAUCAAAGAAAUGUCCCAUGGCCCCAAGGCAGGAAGAGCGAGGGAGUCCAGUGAGGGGCUUCAGGAGUUCGGUGAUGACUGGAAGGACGCUUCGUGUGGCAAGACAGACUCGGCGAUCCAGGGGAGGGGUUUUGAAGGGAAUUCAUUCAGGGGAGGCUUCAGGUUCACCUCAAACCUUGUCUCCAGAAAGAAAGUCCUGGAAAGAAAGAGGUGCUGUCAUUUUGACGCUGAUGGGAAGGCCCCAGUUCGCGAUCACAGAGGCUGUGCCAGGAAGAAGCCCUUGGAGUGUGGGGGUGAGACGAGGGAAGCCGUGAGCGUGAGCAACCUGAGCAGCCUCAGCUGCGCCCCCGCCUCGGAGUCACAGCCCGUCGAUUUGGGGGUGAUGCCGUAUCUGUGCGAAGAGUGCGGGAGGUCGUUCGCUGUCGUCUCAGAAUUUGUGGAGCACCAGAUCCUGCACACUAGGGAGAAUCUUUAUGAGUAUGGUGAGUCCUUCAUGCACAGCGUGGCUGUCAGCGAGGUUCGGAGCAGUGGAGGGGAGUGCUUGGAGUGCAAGGAGUGCGGGGAGGCCUGCGCUACGAGCUCUGCCCUGGCCGAGCAUUGCAAGACCCACGCCAGAGAGUACUUCAAGGAGUGCAAGGGUCAGGACAGUGAGGGGACCCAAGUGCUCAGCCCGACCUUCAGUGCGCUUCAGAAGAUAUACGGGCAAAACAAAUUCUACGAGUGCAAGGUGUGUAAGGAAACCUUCCUUCACAGCUCGGCCCUGAUGGAGCACCAGAAAACCCAUGGGAGAGGAGACGUCACCGAUGACAGAGAUGGCGAAUGCUGGCCCGAGCGUGAAGGCCAGCGCAGGGAAUCACUUCUGCCCUGCUCGAGCCUGCAUGGGUUUCAGAAGAUGGAUGGCAAAGAGAAAAUCCACAAAUGUGAGGUGUGUGGGGAGUCGUUCCUUCACAGCUCACCCCUGAAAGAGCAUCAGAAAAUACACUUGGGAGGAAAUCCAUUUGAAAAUAAGAGUGAAUUGUGUGAGGAAACCCCCGUUCCUGGGCAGUCCCUUAGAAGGCGGCAGAACACCUCCCCUCAGGACAGCCUCUUCGACUUUACCGAGGGCAGGGUUGCCUUGGUGCAGAGCCCGGACCUUGGUGAGGGUCAGAAAAUUCAUUCUCGAAAGAACUUCUUCAAAGGCAAGGGUUACGAGAAACCCGUCACUCACAGAGGGCCCUCCUCAGAGUCUCAGAAGAGCCAUACCCUUAGCAGACCGCCUGAAGACGAAGACAAAGACGAGGAGGAGGCAUUCACCAUCAGCUCCAGUCCCCAUGAAGAUCGGAAGUUUCCCUUGGAAGAAAAUGUCCUUCAGGGGAAACCGUACGAGAAGUCUGUUGUUUUCAGCACGGCCUCUGCUGAUGCUCAGAAACGGCCCACAGUGGGGCUCAGAAGACCAAAGCUACCGGCAGAGUCUCCCCUUCAGAGCUCUGAUGUUAUUAACUGUCAGAAAGUCUAUGCUCCAGGGGACGCCUGUGAAGGCAAAGGUUACAAGAGGCCCAUCGUCCAUGGCUGGGCUGCCCCCACACCUCUGAAAUGUCCCAGAGGGAAUGAACAGGUUGAAUGUGGUGAGAAGGGAGAAUCCUCCAUGUAUCUCUCAGACCUUCAUAACAAGUGGCAGGGGAUUCCCACCAGAGAGCACCCAUGUGAGGGGGAUAAGAAUACCAGCUACAAGGGCUACACCAUGCAGAGUGCACCCCACACUGAGCCUCAAAGAAGUCGUGCUGGAGGGGGAGCUGGUGAAUUUAAGCCAGAUGGCAAAUUGACCAUUCCCAGCUCAAAUGUUCGUGAACACCAGAAGGCUCGGGCUAAAAGGAAAUACAUUGAGCCCCGGAGCAACGAGACCUCUGCACUUCAUUCCCUGCUAUCUGGGGAGCUGCCAACAGUUUGUGCUAGAGAGAAGCUCUGUGGACGUCAGGAGUGUGGAGAGUCCUUUGCUUGUAGCUCCGACCUCGCUGAACACCAGAAGAUUCACAACGGAGAGAAGCCCUGUGGAAGCAGGAACUAUGAGCGAUCUGCCAUUCACAACUUCUCCCCUGCUGACCCUCAGACAAGUUAUACCCAAGAGCACUGUACUGAGGAGCAAGCAUGCAACAAACCUAGGGAGUUGGGGCCGGGCUCUGCUGCCAGCAGCAACCUCGAUGCACAUCAGACAGCUGACGCCCAAGAGAAGCCCCACGGCGAGGAGCCCCAUGGGCAGGAGACCAGGGGAGACCCUGCCGCUCAGGCCUCUGAGUUGGAUGAGCCCGAUGGCACCGUCUAUGAACGUCAGGACUGUGGGCUGGACUUCGCAGCCCUCUCAGACCUCAGGGGCCACCAGGAUGUCCAGAGCAGGAAGCGCCAUGUUGACAGUUGUGAGUCCGGACAUCCGGAAGUUCACACGCAUUCCGUCAGCAAAUGUGAGAAAGUGUGCAGCGGUGAGCAGCUCGACGAAUGCCCCAAGCGUGGGGAGCCUUUUCUUCACAGCUCCUUCCUCUUCAAGCAUCAGAGGAUUCAUGAACAAGACCAGUCGUGCACCAUGGAGGCAUGUGAUGACAAUUUCAUCUCUCUCUCACCUGUGAAGCCACAGAGGAACCGUGCCAUUGGGAGGAACCCCGGCUUGGCCAUUCGAUGCAGUCAGUGCACACAAGGCUUCCUCCGUAGCUCCACCCUGGACAUGCACACAAGGCAUCUCAGGGAUGACAAGUCAGUGGAGCAGAGUGAGAGGCCUGAGAUUUUCUGUCAGGGCCACGCCCUCACUGAACUUCCGGGGAGUGAAACCAGAGAGAAACUCAUGGAGUGUCUGUUGUGUGAGGAGAGCGUCUUCACUCCGAGAGAGCUUGGGGAUCACCACAGGAAGGUUCACAAAGAUGAGCCCCACGAGUACCAGCCCUCUGACACGCGGGCCUCGCUUCUCACCAGGCCCCUCAGAAAACCCAAACCAUUCUUUGAAUGCAAGGACUGUGGGCAGCCCUUUAUUCCUGACACAGACCUCACUGGACACCACGGAUUUUAUCCUGAGGAAGCUACCACUGCCCAGGAGGCUGAAGCUGAUGUCCUCAUUCCACAAGAAGCUCUGCAGAUUCAGGGCUCAAAUGCGGACGCUGCCGAGCCAGGCAUGGAGGUGGCAGAGCCAGGGGUAGAAGCUGCUGAGGCCAGCGGAGAGGCCAAAGGGCCAGAUGAAGAGGCCACUGAGCCCAGCGGGGAGGCCGAGGCCCAGCCCACUGGGGAUGCUGACGAACCAGAUGGGGCCGGGAUUGAAGACCCAGAAGAAAGCAGCAGAGAGCCAGAGGGAGAUGCUGAUGAGCCCGACGGCGCGGGGAUAGCGGACCCAGAAGAAGGAGGUGCUGAUCCAGAGGUCUGGGUGGAGGGGUCGUACUACAGCUGCCCCGAGUGCGCGGAGAUCUUCCUGUCCAGCACGGCCUUCGGUGAGCACCUGCAGAUCCACGCCCGCGUGGUCAUCCUGGAGCCUGCGAAUGCCCUGGGCCACUGCUCCGGCUACAUGGCGCGUGCCCGGCAGGCCGGCCAGAAGCCCUUCAGGUGUGGGGUCUGUGGCCAGCCCUUUGGCCACUUCCCGCCCCUCGCUAGGCACCAGAACACGCACAGGCGUGAGUGUCGGGGAUGGAGGGCCUUCACCUAGGACCUGGCCCACAGUGGGCCCCGAGACGUUUCGCUGCUGUCAGAACAGGAGUGGCGAGCUGACAGCGUGUAGACCUGAGCUGACAUGGGCAGCUCAGGUCCAGUGUGGAGACCCCUGCAGUCCCGGCUCCCCCUCAGAGCACUGGCAUGUGCGUGUGGGAGAGCAGUAGCAUGUACAGUACCUUCAUCUGUGUGAGCAGACCGAGAGGCCCUGUGAACAUUCCGGACACCGAGACCGCCUGCCACUGUCAGGGGUGCCGCUGCGUAUCAUGUAUCACGUCGUUUCCUUCCAGGCGGAGAAACAACCAGGUCACAGCCAGAGGCUGACCGCAUAGGCUUGGGUCUAACGAUGCACAGGUCCAGUUUACUCCGCGGAGCUACCUUACCUGGUACUCUGACUUUUUCUUUUUCUUGGAGGAGGAGAGAGCAACAAAUUCAUAUUUAUUUGUAAGUAUCUUAGAUCCUGAGAAAGGUUUAUUGUGCAUUAUUCGAGCCCUGUCAGUAUCUUUUUAGUAACUGUGUUUUAUUCCUAAUUCUCAGUCUUGUGAAGGUGUAGACAAAGGAUAAUAUGUCUUUUACUCUUUGCUGUUUGAAAAGACAAGUAAUUUUGGCUUUCUCCUAUAGCCGUCUGUCUGUACCAAUGCCUUGGGACCUAAUGUUUGUGUGUGAGCCUUUGUAAUCUGUGGAUUGGCUUUUGUGACCCAAACUAACCUGUUGCCACAUUGUCUGUACCUUGUAGUAUUUCUCAGGCAGAAAUACUACAAUUUGGGGUAUUUUUAAACUUUUUUUUUUUAAAGCAACUCAGUGUGUGUUCAAUAGUGAAUUCAUAAAACCUGAAGCUUUUCCCUGUAAAUUUUAUGCCUUUGCCUUUAAAGAACGCACUGCAGGGCUGGGGAUUUAGCUCAGUGGUUUCGCCACCUGCUGCGCAAACGCAAGGACCUGAGUUCGAUCCCCGGUACCAAAAAAACCAAAAAAUGUGCUGCAACCACCACUAGACCAGAGUUUUGCUUGGUGGAGGCUGAGAACUAGGGGAGGCUCUCUCCUAUCCCUGUAAAUAAGGAGGCCGGCCGGUGAUCGUACGUCACUUCCUCCCGCGCUUCCGGCCUUAAGAGACAAGCAGCACCGUGGCGGCAUCGCUGUGUGCUGCACAAGUCAGUUUGCUCCCUGGGUGACCAGGAGCACAUGUCCUUAAAUCUUUCCAUUCCUAAACUUCAUCUACCUGUUCUUUACCUGUCAGACUUUCAUCCCUUGUCUAAUUUAUAUUUUAAAAAAUAUUAAAAACCAAAAAGUUUUCUUUACAGUCAGCCCAAGCUUAACAUGGACUCAGGUUCCCCAGCAGCCUUAAUUUGUUUUGUUCCCCUCUGUCCCUUCUUUUCAGCCCCCCGAUUAUCUGUGAGGUGUCCACUCGUGUCAUGUUGGUCUCAUCCCCUCUGAUCACAAGCUGACCUCACAGCUCCAGGUGGCCCCGUGUCCUGUCCUGUGGACCAUUUGUGCUCCUUUGCCUCCUCCUAUUGCAUAACAGCUAUACAGUACUAGAAGUUUUUGGUCUUGAGUUGGCUGGGGAAAAAAUUUUUUUAAAAACUUAAAAAAAAAAAAGCAAAUCUCUCAAUGAAGUGAGCAAAAGCUGAAGGCAGAUCAUUCAAGCAAACAAAAUAUCUGCCGGGGGAAAUUGUCUGAAUCUUCCUCUCUAGAGCUGCUGGUCUGGGGCUCGUGGGGAGUCUGUAGGGAUGCCAGGGUGCAGGGAGAGCAGGACUGAGGGGAAGAUGCAGAAACGAAUAUGCCAAGCAGGGAGACCUAUCUGUCACCAGACUAGGAGGGCAAGGAGACAGGCAGAAGGAAGCACCAGAAGUAAGGCUAGGGUGGCGAGGAUGAGUCAAGUGGGGUGUCCUGGGUCAUGGGAGGAAGGUGUCUUUUUGAUGGCACGGUGUUCAUAAAGGGCAGCUGCAUACAAAACCCGAGGUUAGAAUGGGCAUCCAGUGAAUUGAGGGGCAGUGAGGUGCACCAGAAAGGGACCCUUGGAGUGGGAGUCCAUGUCGAUGUGGUCAGGGCAGAUUAUUUGGGGGGACCAUUACUGUUACACUGUUAAUCAUUAGGCCCUUUUCAGAAAGCAGCUUGCCAGAAGACAGGGUGUCUUUCCAGCCUUGACUGCAUGUGGAAGCAAUUUAAAUGCCAAACAAUAGAGGAAUGAUUCAGCAUCCUUGGAUUCAUAUGCAGCUGUUUAAAAAUGAUAAUCUUGGGCCGGGAAUUUAGCUCAGUGGUUCUGUCACCUGCCUUGCAAGCGCAAGGACCUGCCUUCGAUCCCCGGUCCAAAAAAAAAAAAAAAAGAUAAUCAUAAAGAAUUACAUAGCAGUGAAGAAAAAUAUUUACAGAAUAUUAAGUGGAGAAAGCAGGACACAAAAUUAUAUUUAUACUACAAUUAUAACUUUAAAAUUGUAUGCUUAUAGUCAAAAGCUGUUGUGUUGUUGUGGGCUUAUAGUUCAGCAUUAUUUUCUUAAAUUUCUUGAAUAUUCAUGGUAGUGUUAAUGGCCACAUUUCCUUUGUGAACAUAAUUUGAACUCAUUAUCAAACACUUGGAAAAUAAAAGUGGAGGAAAAAUAAUAAACAAUCGAUAUCCCCACUAUCUGAAGAUAUAAACUCUUUAGUAUCUUUUUUGUUUCUGUGCACAGGUUAUGAUUAUAACUGUGUCAGAAUGUACAUUGAAGACAACUAUCAGAUUACUCUUGUGAAAUUAUACUUUCAUCUUAAUUUUUUCAAGUGUUCAUUGUAAUGGUGUCCUGAUAACCAAGUUCAUUAUGUAUAUUUCCAUUAAAAGCAAAUAUGUGUUCAGAGGAAUAAUUAGACAAUAUAGUAAAACUAGAGAAGAAAAGUUUAUCCAUAUUCCCAACACCCAGACACUACUGUGAACAUCUUGAUCUAUUUCUUCCAUCUUGUUUGAGUGCACAAGCUUGUGAUUAUAACAGUGUUAAAUAUCUGUGCAUAAAGUUUAAAAUGAAAAGAAAUGUGAAAAAUAAUUAAAAUAGUGUUGUCAUUGUGGGAUUAUGGUUAAAAUAUUUUGUCUCAAAUUUCUUGAAUAUUCUUUGGUGUUUUGGUAAUGAAUUUUAUGUAUGUAUUUUUUCAUUACAAAUACAGUAUAUACACAUAAAAAGCUUGGAAAUUCAGUAAAGCAGAAGAAAAAAUUUCACCCAUUUUCCCAACAACUACUGUUAACAUCUUGAUCUGUGUGCUGGUCUAUAACUAUUAGGAUGUUAAUGAUAAGUGUCAAAGAUGGGAAGAAAUAUGGAAAACGACAGAGAGGCGGUUGUGUGGUCAUUGUGGGAUUAUAGUUAAAUGUUUUGUCUUGGUUUCCUUGGUCUUUAUCAUAGUGCUUUGGUAGCCCUCUUUUCUUAUAUCUAUUUCCAUAAUAGGUGCAGUACAUGUUCAUUAUAGAAACCUUAAAGUUGUAGAAAUAGAGAAGAGAAAUUGACCCAUAUUUUCACCAUCCAAAGACUGUGGUUAACAUCUUGACAUCUUUUUUUCAUCUUGUUUCUGUGCACAGGUUUUUGAUUUGUUAAUAUGGUUGUGGUCAUUUUUAUGUGUAAUUGUGUCAACAAUAAAAAUAAAAGUUAAGAUAUU